AUGAACAAUUAAAUUUCGAAAGAAGGUGAUUAAGGCUUGUUAGAGUCAAUGGCAGAAGGUGACCCAUAAAAUGAGGAAUCAUCCUUCAUAUAACAAGAGCACUAAUAUAAUAGUCAUCAAUCAAUUAAAAAAAAUAAAAUUACUUGCAAUUCUGAAGAAGAUGUUAUAUCUAAAAUUUCUCACAUGCGAUUGAACCCGAUUAACAAAUCUAUCCAAAAACAGUCCAAAUCCAGAAGAGAUGGUGUUCAUACAUAGAAUCUUCAUAAUAGAAAAUCUGAUAUCUUUCAGUAUGUGGAAGAAAGCAAUUUUAAUUAUCCUUUAUAAUAUGAAGAAGGUGAAUUUAAUGUGAUUUAAACUGAUUGA